AUGGAAAGUGAUGACAACCCGGAAACAUAUGAAGAGCAGUUCUCAAGUGUUGCAGUAUGUGAAAAUAGCUUGGUUGAAACGGUGGAUCCUUCAGUAGUCGAACAUGAAAUGCAGUCUUUAAGUAUUGUGGGAUGUGAGCAGAAUUUGGUUGAAACGGUGGAUCCUCCAGUG